AUGUGGCCGUUUUGGGGACUGGACCUGAACCGAGUCCGCUGUGACCUGCUCUUCACCGAAGCCAUCAAUCAAAGGAUGCAGGUUCCCAACAGGCUGAAGGUAGCAGAAAGCUUCAGCCCUGUGGAUGAGGAGCCAGUGACAGAGGAUGUCCCUCCUUCCUUUCGGAUGCACAUCCCUGAUAGGAUUUCUCUUGCAGAAAUAUCAGAUGCCAGUUUGAGGCCCAUCCUGCGGAACCAGCAAAGGACAGUCCCCUCUGUGGUGGUGCACAUGUCCCCGGAGUCCUCUGCGCAGUCCCCCUGCCUCGGGGAGCUCCCUUUUCUGCACGUAGCCAGCAGAUCAGGCUCCCAGAAACGCAGGCGAUCGGGCCAUCACAGCAGCAGGUCUCGGCGGGAGAGGACUUCAAGUGACUCUGCUCAGUUGGCCUUGCACAGCCCAUGCCAGCACCAUGAGCGGCCAGACCCGUGCCCCCCGCCCCUGCGCAGUGCCCCGCUCCCCUUCUUCGCGGCGACGGGCAGGAUCUACUCCAUGCAGAACAUCUUCCAGACCAUGUACCUCCUGGGCCAGGUGCUCUUCCACCGUGUCCGGGGCUCUCUGCAAGGCCCAGCGCCAUCCAGCUCCCAGGAGGCUGGCCCAGCCCUAGAGAGCACCGUGGAGGAGGUUGGGGUGGCUGAGAUAGCAGCAAUGAGAAAGCAGCUGACGAGGAUCUCGGGAAGGCUCCGCGUGCUGGAGGAGCGGUGCAACGCCUGGCGACAGAAGGAGGCCCUGGUCUACUCCGUGCUGAUCUCCGCCUGCCUCCUCAACCUGUACCUCUGGAUGAGGAGAUGA